AUGGGGACGAAGAAGCAGCGCGGCUACCCAAUUAAAGAGAAGCUGGCGGCAGUCGACCUCGUUGAGAGGAUCGGGCUCACUGCCGCCGUUGAGAAGCUGGGCCACCCGCACGGCACGGUGCAUGGGUGGUGGGUCGGUAGGGCCACGGUGCGCGUCUACGAGGGGAACAAGUUGGACAAGACGACCAAAGGGCAGGGACGAAUGAUUGCGUUUAUUCAAGAGAACUACCCUGACUGGAUAGAGGCCUACGCGGAGAACAAGAAGUCUGACCCCAAGACCAGGGCUCAAAGUUAA